AAGAGAAGGCGCUCCGGUUGCGGGGAACCCCUUACUCUCCUCUGUCCCUUUCUCUGGAGUCUCCAGCAAGAAAGAAGGGGAAAAAAAACAAAAAAAACGAAAGGAGACGGGACUUUCCAGUGAAUGGACUCGCCGAAGGAGCGAGAAGAAGAAAUUAGGCUGUGGAUUGAAAACAGAAUGGAAAAGUAACUGGUCCAGAGAAGAACAGGGGUGGGGAGGGAGCUCCUGCAGUAAAGGAAAGAAACAAUAUACAUUUCUUUCCUUGACAAGCUCAUAGCAAGAGUUGCCUAGCUUUUCAAGAACAAAGAAUUGAAUCAAGAGUUUCCAGUGUUUUCUUGGUUGGCUGAAUAAAGGAAAAGAGGAGGAACACAACAUGGCCAGCGUCUCCUCCUUUGGCAAGUACACCCACGCCAUCGUCCGCUGCAUUCCUUCCUCCUUUGCCUCAGCGGAGACCACAGCGGAUGGAUCUGACAGUGGGGCUGAUUCGGUGGACCUAGCCAAGGCUCACCGACAGUACGGGGUCUAUACUGGCAUACUGCGCCAGAAGCUAGGGCUGCAAGUCAUUGAACUGGCGGCAGACGAGGGCUUCCCCUAUGCCACAUUGGUGGGGGAUCUGGCAGUCAUCCAGGGAGAUACUGUGCUCCUCACUCGGCCAUGGAUGCCCACGCGGCGAGACGAGAUCAACUGUGUCAAAAAGGUCUUGGAGGAGCUAAAACUUCGGGUCAUGGAAAUUACAGAUGAGGGAGCCACCCUGGAUGGAAGUGAUGUGCUCUUUACAGGUAGAGAAUUCUUCGUGGGUAUUUCCAAAUGGACCAAUCAUAGAGGAGCAGAGAUGGUGGCUGAUGCUUUUAGAGAUUUUGCUGUUUCUACCGUUCCUGUCUCAGGCACAUUGCAUCUCCGCAGCUUCUGCAGCAUGGCGGGACCUGACACCGUUGUCAUAGGCAGCAGUGAAGUGGCCAAGAAAGCCAUGAAGACCAUGGAACAAUUAACUGAUCACCACUACGAAACGCUGACAGUUCCUGACGACCCAGCUGCUAAUUGUAUCUAUGCUCGUCUGGGCCAGAAGAGUAGCGUCCUUUUGCACCGCAGCACAGAAGAAUAUCCGAAUAGCGUGCAACCUUUUCAGAAGCUUCCAGAUUACACCCUGAUCCCUGCGGCGUGCACAGAAGUAGCCAAACAUGGUGGGACUCUCACUUCCUGCUCUCUUCUCAUCAACAAGAAGCUGGAGAUCUAGUGCCUAUAGAUCCACACAAAAAUACAGGUUCCCCCCAGUUCCUGGAGCCCUUUCCUUGUUUUCUUUGUGCAGAGCAAUGUAGCUCUUUCCCGCUCCCCCCCUCUACUUCCUUACAAAGCAGAGUACCACCCUAAUUCCUACGCCUGCUAAUUAGAUCACAUUUAAAUUUGGCAAAUUCGGUUUCUCUUUUAAUUUACAUUGGACCUUCUCUCCCCACCUACCUCUUUUUACUUUUCUCUCUUUACCUUUUCUUAAGUUACCCAUAAGGAACGCGGUUGCUCAGUGGCUAAGACGUUGAGCUUGUCGAUCGAAAGGUCGGCAGUUCAGCGGUUUGAAUCCCGAGUGCCGCGUCACGGGGUGAGCUCCCGUUACUUGUCUAGCUUCUGCCAACCUAGCAGUUCGAAAGCAUGUAAAAAAUGCAAGUAGAAAAAUAGGGACCACCUUUGGUGGGAAGGUAACGGGGUUCCGUGCGCCUUUGGCGUUUAGUCAUGCCGGCCACAUGACCACGGAGAUGUCUUCGGACAGCGCUGGCUCUUCGGCUUUGAAACGGAGAUGAGCAGCGCCCCGUAGAGUCAGCACAUACAUGCGAGGGGAACCUUUACCUUUACCUUUAUGUUACCUUUUAGAAAGAUUUUUCAUUCUGGCAUAAAUAGGGGUUUAUAUCUCUUGCUUCCAAAACUUGAUAAAAGCCACACCAAGGAACCUUGGCUUUACAGCAAUUUGUCAGUAACUCCUAUUUUAUAAUAAGAUUCUCAAAUUUUCACCCUCACUUGGAUGAUUUAAGAUUAACAGUGCUUCUUCUUCUUCUUCUUCUUCUUCUUCUUCUUCUUCUUCUUCUUCUUCUUCUUCUUCUUCUUCUUCUUCUUCUUCUUCUUCUUCUCCUCCUUCUCCUUCUCCUUCUCCUUCUCCUUCUCCUCCUCCUCCUCCUCCUCCUCCUCCUCCUCCUCCUCCUCCUCCACCUUCU